GUUCAUUCGAGCAACAUUAAAAAAAAAUAUUAAAUAAAAAAUUUGAAAAAAAAUUCUUUAAUUUAAAAUGGCAACAAAAUUCAUUAUUUUCGCUACAUUAGCUGUGUCAGGUGUUUUGGCAUUCCCAGGAUAUAAUCCUCAUGCUGUUGACUACUAUGAUCAUCCAAGAUACUCAUUCAACUAUGGAGUCACAGAUCAUCAAACAGGAGACAUCAAGCACCAAAGUGAAGUUCGUGAUGGAGGUGUUGUAAAGGGACAAUACUCACUCGUCGAACCUGAUGGUUCAAUCAGAACUGUUGACUACACAGCCGAUGACAUCAACGGAUUCAACGCCGUCGUCACAAAGACAGGUCCAACAGUCCAUGCCACCAAAGUUGUUGCUCCAGUUCACGCAGUAGCUCCAGUUGUUCACAAACAACUCAUUGCUCCAGUUCCAGCACCAGUCAUCUAUAAAUCAGCACCACUUGUUGCCAAAACAGCUCAUUAUGCUCAUCACGCACCAGCAUUGAACCACUACGAUUAUUCAGAUUAUGGACAAUAUGAUGCAGGACAUUAUGACAAUAGACACUACGACAACGGUCACUACGACAAUGGACAAUAUGAUGCUGGACAUUAUGAAAAUGGUCACUACUAUUAAAUUGACACCUGAAGAUGACUAAGCUGAUUAUUGCUACUUCUACUCUCACCCCAACUGUGUACAUAAAAAAAACAUGUGGCAUCAUUUUUUUGUUUCUCUCAUCAAACUUAUCAUCAUUACUUUUAAUUUAAUAAUAUUAUUUUAUGUCAAAUUUUUGUACGAAUUAAGCAUGUGAACAGCACAUUGAUUGUGUAAAGAAAGCAAAACAAAAGCAAAAUUGUUAUAAAUAAAGAUGAAAUGAAGAAGAAAAAAAAAUAAUGUUUUGAG